AUGGCGGAGCCUCGAAAGCAAACAAACCCAGAAGGCCCGCCUUCAGAGAAGCCGGCCGAUGCGUCCCGAACAAAUGAAGAAGCCCAAGAAAAGGCUCAAGCUGAAGAGCAAUUCAUUACUGGGACGCCACUUGCUUUGAUUACGGUGGCACUCAUCAGCGCCAUGUUCCUCGUUGCACUGGAUCGCACAAUUAUUGCCACGGCCGUACCAAAGAUCUCCGAUCGAUUCCACGCUAUUGGAGAUAUAAGUUGGUAUGCGAGUGCCUACUUGUUGACGAGCAGCGCAACCCAGCUCAUCUGGGGUCGUGUGUACACCUUCUACUCGACCAAGAUGCUUUUCUUAGCUGCAGUCGUGGUCUUCGAGAUUGGGUCCGCAGUUUGCGGUAGUGCACCCAGCUCCAAGGCUUUUAUUAUUGGACGAGCAAUUGCUGGAAUUGGGUCGGCUGGCAUCUUCAAUGGAUCAACGGUCAUCGUUUCGCAGGUGCUACCUCUACAUAAACGCCCAAUGUACAUUGGCCUGAUGGGCUCCACAUUUGGCAUCUCAUCUAUCGUCGGUCCUUUGCUGGGAGGUGCCUUCACCGAUCGAGUGAGUUGGCGGUGGUGCUUCUACAUCAACCUUCCGAUUGGAGGUCUUACUCUUUUUAUCAUUGCUCUCUUUCUUGAUGCACCGCCUCGCUCCACUACAGCCACACUACAGCGCCAAUUGAUCCGACUUGAUCCCUUGGGUACAGUCCUAUUCUUGCCAGGGGUGGUUUGUCUGCUGCUGGCACUCCAGUGGGGCGGCACUUCCUACAGCUGGGACAAUGCUCGUAUAGUCUCCUUGUUCGUCUUAGCGGGCAUUCUGCUCAUCGCCUUUGGCUUCGUUCAAAUUUGGCGAAAAGAAGAUGCAACGAUUCCACCGCGAAUCAUCAAGCAGCGCAGUAUUGCGUUUGGUGCAGUCUAUACAUCCUGCGUCUCCGGGGCAAUGAUAUCAAUGCUCUAUACUCUGCCACUGUGGUUUCAGGGUGUCAAAGACACCAGUGCGGUGCAGUCAGGAAUAGACAGUAUUCCAAUGGUGCUGUCAUUGGUUGUUGCAAGCAUUCUAUCCGGAGCAACUAUCUCACGCACGGGACAUUAUGUACCGUGGAUGUUUGUCGCGGCCAUUUUCAUGGCCACUGGGUCGGGUCUGAUUACCACCUUCAAAGUCGAUACGAGCCACUCGGCUUGGAUCGGAUACCAGGUUCUCUUCGGGUUGGGGCUCGGGUCGGGGAUGCAGCAGCCGACCAUGGCCGCACAGACCGUGCUCGAGAAGGCCGAUGUCCCCAUUGGAGUUGCUCUGAUGUUCUUUUUUCAAUCCAUGGGAGGUGCUGUCUGGGUUGCCGUCAGUCAGAAUCUCUAUACCAACUAUCUGACCCAGCUACUGCCCAGCAUUUCUGGUAUCGAUCCAAAUGCAAUUCUCAAAGCUGGUGCAACAAGCCUGGCCGAUCUGGUCCCGGAAGACAAGCUUGGCACUGUGUUAUUCGUUUAUAAUGUGGCACUUCGUAAAGCGUUCCUUUUACCGGUGGCGCUGUCCUGUGCCAUGGUCCUGCCGGCGCUAGGUAUGGAGUGGCGCAGUGUCAAGGAGAGUGAGAAGAGAUAA